AUGGUCUGGAACUCCCCAGAGUUUAUUCAGAAGGCAGCCUGUCAGAGCCUGGGGAUGAUGGUCGAGAACGUGACUCCUGCACGAGCAAUGACUGUUCUCAUGGACAGGGGAGUCAAGAGCCGCUACGUGCAGGUGCGGAAGUGUGCGGCCGAACUGCUCCUGUCCUUGAUGGAGAAAAUGGGAGUCACGAAGCUUGCAGGCACACCCAAGGCUGAGAGGCUGGCAGAGGUGGCAGGGACGCUUGCUCAGGACUGUCACAAGGACACAAGGCAUUAUGGACAGGAGAUGGUGAAGAUGUUACUAACCCAUCAAAAAUUUAAAAAGCUUCUGGAACAAGCUCUUUCCACACAUGACCUGGAAGAUAUCCUGAGAAGAAUUAAGAAGAAAGGGAUGGAAAGCCAGAAGGGUGAACGCCCACCUGUCAAGGAGGCGGUGGAGGAGAGGAACGAUGGCCCGAAGGAGCCCCAGGCCACAUUGCCUUCAAGCAAACGGGUGAAGUCUGCCACUGCUGGACGCCUCCUACGCCGCCCAAAAGCCCAGGUCACAUCACCUGCAGCUGUGAAAGGAAGGGAGGAGCUCCAGAAGCUUUACCAUCUCCUGGAAGCCAAGGGGUUUCAGACACGGAUGGAAGGAGUGGCACUCCUCCUAGACCUGUGUAAAAGCAGCCCCCGGCUGAUCUCCACCAACAUUGUCCAAAUUUUUGAUCAUUUUGUCCUGAGAAUAUUUGACACUCAUAAGAAAGUGAAACAGAAGGCUCUGGACGUGCUGGCAGAAAUCAUAGGACUCCUGGCAGAUGCCCUGAACCCGGUGAUGAUCCGUUUGGUUGAAGGGAUAACAAAGAACCUAAACUCCAAGGAUCCCGGGGUUCAUGCCGCAGCUGUGAAGGCACUGGACCAAUCUGUGGUUCAUCUAGAUGAAGUAUCACUGAUGAAAGAGCUCAGCCACCAAUGGAGCCAACUGAGUGGCCAAGCUCUGCUGGAUGUCACGGAGCGGAUCACAGUGCUUGUGGAAUGGGUUUAUGCCAGGAGCCCUGAAGUGGUCCAGCGCUACGCCCUGCCCGUGCUCUGGUCCUGCCUGGAGAACAAGGCGCUGCCUGUCCGAAGCGCCAACGUCUGCGCUGUGGUCACCAAACUUGCCUGCGCCCUCUGCGAGGCGAUGGGCGCCCAGAUAAUUACUUGUGCUGCCAGCAAGCCUCCACACGUGCAGGACAACCUCUCCAGCCUUUUGGGCUGGUGAAAGCAUCGUGUUCUCCAGAAAGCGGACCAAGUUCUGAGUUGGACACCUCUGGACGUGACAUUUUA